AUGAUAAUCCCGCUCUUAGUAUUGCUCUUGGCUUUCGUGCUUCGAUUGCAUCCGGUGGCUAGCACGGAAGAUUUGGCUACAUGCUCGCCCAAUGCAUGCGGCAACCUGAUCGUGGCUUACCCGUUUUGGUUGGAGGAUGAAGGUCAGCCGCCAUGCGGGUCCCCGUCCUUCCAGAUCAACUGCAACGGCGGCCAAGCAUUCCUCAGUCGCUCCUUGUUCGGGGGCUACCAGGUCCUUGAAAUCUUCACCGAGAACUCCUCAUUCAUCGCCGUGGACAACAACCUGCUGCUCGACGACGGCUGUCCGCCGUGGUGGUUCAAUAUCUCGCUGGGUCUCGGGCUGGGGCCGUACACCAUCAGCAAGAAGAACAGGGAGGUUGUCGUCCUCUACAACUGCACCAAGCAGCAGCAGCAGGUGGCGCCGCCGGGGUUCAGCCGCACGGGUUGCGCCGACGAGUCCUUCUACCGCCUUGGUGGGGCGUAUGGCGACCACCAGCGUGAACAAAGCGGGCUCCCUCCAUCGUGUCGUGUCGCAGUGGUUCCGGUCCUUGGUUUCGCUGAUGGCAGCGACUAUGUCCCCAGCAUGAGACAGGGGUUUCUUCUCGAGUGGUUGGUGGCGUCAGGCGAUUGCACCAAGUGCGUGACAAGCGGCGGGCAGUGCAGCUAUGCCAACGACGGCACCGGGUUUUCCUGCAAUUGCUCCGACGGCGUGCGACCAAUAGAUUGCGGUGAGUUCGCCGAACUCGACUCUGCACCCUAG